CUGGAAGAAUUGUCCCGUGUGCAGUCACCACCUCCUCAAUACCCGGUCUCUGAACCCUCUGGUUCUGCUCCUGCCUCUCCUCGACCGCCCCCCUUUUCUUCGCUCUAUACCUCUACCGCCGAGGCCGUUGAAGCAUACAAGACUGCUGUUACUGAGGCCGGUGCAUCAGCAACUGUCCCAGCAUACGCGCCUGUCGCAUUCGAACCACGAGAGCCAACAACAACUCCACGAGACGUUGUUGCAGAAACAAAGGCAGCACUACCGCAGGAUACAAAAGGGGAAUCAUCAAAAAGAGACGAAGAGAGCGAACCGCCUCCUGCAUACUCAGAGGGAUCUAGUCCGCUCGAAGGCUUUACAUACGUGAUGGCGGCUGCCGGAGGAGCUGCGAGUAUCAUUACUCAGGUGCAGCAAGGCGGUGCACCACCCAUCAACACAUUGGGAGAUGUCGGCGCAGAUGAGAACAUUACAAUGGACCUUCGGGGCCAACGGUUCACACUCUCUCGAGAUGAGCUCCUCACACUCCCAGAAUUUGUCUUGCUCUCACUCUUUCCAAAUGGGCUUCUUCCUGAUGGGCACCUAAAUACGUACCACGAGGGCGAUGCCUUCCAAGUUGAUUACGACCCUGCGUCACUGCAGUACAUGCUCGAGUUCUUCCGCAAUGUCGCACAAACGAUUCCCGAUGGUGCUGCAAGCCCCGACGCAGACGCUGUGCCAAUUGAGCCCAUGGCUGGGUCUGCGAGGGAGAUGUUACAAGAUAGAGCAGGCAUAAUUGUGUUGAGGGAGGACUUGGAUUUCUAUGUUAUACCCCCACGUCCGGAUAUCGAGCAACCAGAGAUGAUAGAGGUCAAGAGAGCAGCUGGGAAAGCACUGUUGAAGCAAGAUGGAAUAUUCUCUGGGCUUAGAAGAAGCGAAGAGACCGGGACAACAGAACAGCACUUAAUCGAAAUGCUGACUGCUGGAGGAUUUAAUCAUGAUGAUCAUUGGGGGCACAGAGCAAACGAACCAAACAAGGCAGUCAUCUGCAGUCUUGCACUAGCCAGAUUACGCACGGAUAUUCGAGGUGACAUGGGAAACAACGCUGUCGGCAUGGCACAAAAGCUGCUUCUGUUUUGGAGGAAACCAGCUCGAAGAUGCUGGUGGGAGGGAGUAGAGCUGGAUAACGUUGAGGGGGUAGAGGGGAAGCUCAAGGUGUGGAUUAGAAGAGUUUGGACACUGGAGAUGAGUGUUAUUGGGCUGCGUUAA